CUGUCGGGAGACUCGCGGGUGUCUGUGCCCUCCCAGGUGGGCUACGCCAUCCGCUUCGAGGACUGCACCUCUGAGAACACCGUGAUCAAAUACAUGACGGACGGGAUCCUGCUUCGCGAGUCGCUGCGGGAGGCCGACCUGGACAACUACAGCGCCAUCAUCAUGGACGAGGCGCACGAGCGCUCCCUCAACACCGACGUGCUCUUCGGCCUGCUGCGGGAGGUGGUGGCCCGACGCUCGGAUCUGAAGCUUGUUGUCACCUCGGCCACCAUGGAUGCAGAUAAGUUUGCCUCCUUCUUUGGGAACGUUCCUAUUUUCCACAUUCCUGGGCGCACUUUCCCUGUGGAUAUUCUUUUCAGCAAGACCCCACAAGAGGAUUAUGUGGAGGCUGCAGUGAAACAAGCCCUGCAGGUCCAUUUGUCUGGUGCUCCCGGAGACAUCCUUGUCUUCAUGCCUGGCCAGGAGGACAUAGAGGUGACCUCAGAGCAAAUCGUGGAGCACCUUGAGGAGCUGGAGAAGGCACCUGCUCUUGCUGUACUGCCUAUCUAUUCUCAGCUACCAUCGGACUUGCAGGCCAAGAUCUUCCAGAAGGCUCCAGAUGGCGUCAGGAAGUGCAUCGUUGCCACUAACAUUGCAGAGACCUCACUGACCGUGGAUGGCAUCAUGUUUGUCAUCGACUCUGGCUACUGCAAGCUGAAGGUGUUCAACCCCCGUAUAGGCAUGGACGCGCUGCAGAUCUACCCCAUCAGCCAAGCCAAUGCCAAUCAGAGGGCAGGCCGAGCUGGACGAACAGGCCCAGGCCACUGCUUCAGGCUCUACACCCAGAGCGCCUACAAGAAUGAGCUCCUGACGACUACGGUGCCCGAGAUCCAGCGCACCAACCUCGCCAAUGUCGUGCUCUUGCUCAAGUCCCUGGGUGUGCAGGAUCUGCUGCAGUUCCAUUUCAUGGAUCCACCCCCUGAGGACAACAUGCUGAACUCCAUGUAUCAGCUGUGGAUCCUGGGUGCCCUGGAUAACACAGGUGGCCUGACCUCAACGGGACGCCUCAUGGUGGAGUUCCCACUGGAUCCUGCACUCUCCAAAAUGCUCAUUGUUUCCUGCGACAUGGGUUGCAGCUCUGAGAUCUUACUCAUCGUCUCCAUGUUGUCCGUCCCUGCCAUCUUUUAUCGGCCUAAGGGCCGAGAGGAGGAGAGCGACCAAGUGCGGGAGAAAUUUGCUGUUCCAGAGAGCGAUCACUUGACUUACCUGAAUGUUUACUUGCAGUGGAAGAACAACAGCUACUCUACGCUGUGGUGCAACCAGCACUUCAUCCACGCCAAGGCCAUGCGGAAG